AUUGCAAGUGAAAGUGAAAGUAAAAAUGACCUCUACAUUUCGUGUGACAGCAGGAAAAGCAAACACUGUUUUGUAAAGAUUAUUAUAUGAUAUAUAUUAUAUAAUAAUCACAUGUAUGUUUGCCUCUAGGAUAUCUUAAUGUUUCAUGAGACCAUUUUGUGGCAGUUACAAGUUUCUGCAUUCUUCAGCUCAGAAAGGAGAUUUUGGGAAGGAAACGAGGGGAGAAAAUGGCAGCUGCAAGUAGCAGUAAGCUCUAUUAAAACAAUCCUGAUUUGAUCUUACUUAUACGAGUUUCAGCUUAUUGUCCCUCAGAAUGUUCUGGUUAAACUGGGGUCUGAUGUUACAGUACCAUGUCACCUGUCACCUGAAAUAAGUGCUUUUGACAUGGAGAUCAGAUGGUUUAAAGAGAAAGACUGUGUGAUUCUCUAUAAGAACGGACAGGUGACAGAGUUGAGGAGCUAUGAGGGCAGAGUGAAUCUUGUAAUUCAUGAACUAGAGAGAGGAAAUAUGUCCUUAUUACUGAGAGACUUCAGAGAGUCAGAUGCGGGAGUUUACCUGUGUCAGGUCAUCACUCAAGACAUAACAGUGGAGGAGACAGUACAAGUUAAUCAAUCAAGGGAAGAUGCUGAAGUCCAACCUGCAUCACCAUUACAAAACAAAAAUGUGCAGCUGAAACCACAUGAGAUCAACAAAACAUGGCGUGAAAGACCGAAAAGAAAAAUGGAGGAAUCUGAUUUAAUGACAGCCAUUCAUUUUUCAGGUGGAGUCAAACUGUUCUACAUGUUGACUGGAAAAACAAAUAACUCUCAUAAAAGUUUUGUUGACUCUCUGAUGAACCAAGUGGAAGAACUGAGAGAAGUUCCUACGGUGGAUGAGAGUGACAUUGUUUUGGUUUUCUGUCCUAUUGUUUCUCGAGCCGGAACUGAUAUUGAAGCAGCACUGAAAGUAUUUACUGACUCAACAGCCUCUAAAUUGAAAGUUCUAGUGGUGCUACAUCACACGUUUGACCCAGAGAAAACUGUACCAGACAGCAGCAGAUGUGUCAACAGGACAGAUAUACUGACAGUGGACUGUCUGUUCAAUGAAGACACAGGAUUACUGAAGUGUAAGAGGAAUGAUGAUGCGAAAGACAAGGUUAUUUCUUGGUUAAUAGAGCAGGGGAAGACAAAAGGUGUUGAAGUAUGUCCACGUCAAAAUAUAUUUAAGGGAUUAACAUCAAGGAAAAGAUCACACAAGUCUGUGCAGGAUGAAGGUCAAUCUGAGACAGUGGGAUUAAAAAAGAGGAAAAUUAUUGAGCCACAGAUUUGUACAGACGAAGUCAAAGUUUGCAUUAUUACGAGUGGAAAAACGAAAGAGACUCACAUUCAAUUUUUCAACACUCUGAGUGACCGCAUUAAAUCUCUGAAGGAAGUUCCUACAGUAGAUGAGAGUCACGUUGUUCUGGUUUUCUGUCCUGUUGUGUCUCGAGCUGGAACUGAUAUAGAAGCAGCACUGAAGAUAUUUGAUGACUCCACAGCUUCUAUGAUGAAAGUUCUAGUGGUGCUACAUCACACGUUUGACACAGAGAAAACUGUACCAGACAGCAGCAGAUGUGUCAACAGGACAGAUAUACUGACAGUGGACUGUCUGUUCUAUGAGGACACAGGAUUACUAAAGUGUCAGAAAAAUGAUGAUGCGGAAGACAAGGUUGUUUCUUGGUUAAUAGAGCAGGGGAAGAAAAAAGGUGUUGAAGUAUGUCCACGUCAAAAUAGAUUUAAGGGAUUAACAUCAAGGAAAAGAUCACACAAGUCUGUGCAGGAUGAAGGUCAAUCUGAGACAGUGGGAUUAAAAAAGAGGAAAAUUAUUGAGCCACAGAUUUGUACAGACGACGUCAAAAUUUGCAUUAUUACGAGUGGAAAAACGAAAGAGACUCACAUUCAAUUUUUCAACACUCUGAGUGACCGCAUUAAAUCUCUGAAGGAAGUUCCUACAGUAGAUGAGAGUCACGUUGUUUUGGUUUUCUGUCCUGUUGUGUCUCGAGCUGGAACUGAUAUAGAAGCAGCACUGAAGAUAUUUGAUGACUCCACAGCUUCUAUGAUGAAAGUUCUAGUGGUGCUACAUCACACGUUUGACACAGAGAAAACUGUACCAGACAGCAGCAGAUGUGUCAACAGGACAGAUAUACUGACAGUGGACUGUCUGUUCUAUGAAGACACAGGAUUACUAAAGUGUCAGAAAAAUGAUGAUGCAAUCGACAAAGUUGUGAACUGGUUAAUACAGCAGAAAUUUCAACUUGUUCUCCACAGGGGGAGACAGAGGGAGUUAAAGUUUGUCCAUGUCAAAGUAUGUUACUUUUUUCUCAAUAAACUGUGUGAUUUAAGCACAGUUAAGCCAUUUAUCAUUUUUUCCUUAAGGCAAGUCAUAUUUCAGCAGAGCAUAACAUUGGCCAGAUUUUACACAGUUGAUGAAACCAGGAUCUUCAAGGGGUAAUCAUUAAGGAUGGUUGUACAGAACAACAUGGAGGUUUAGGAAUAAUCUUUUGUUACACCAUCAUUCAGAAGAUCCUGUGACUGACAGCUAUGCAAAUCAACUCACUUUACAGCUGAGAUCAACAUUAGACAACACAUAUUAGCUGCUUGUUGUGAUUCACACAUGCCAAGUACUGAUAUCUACUAUGAGCCUGUUCUUACCAACCACAGCACCUUAUUGUGAUCAUGUGAUUUAAUUGGUUGUGGUGCAAAAGGUUGUGGGUUCAAGACCCAGGGAACACACACAGCGUAAUCGAAAAAUGUAUAAAUUGAAUGCACUGAAAUUAAGGAUAAAAGUGUCUGUCAAAUGUUUAAAUAAAAAAAGUUUUAAAAUU